UUAUCAUAUUCCAGUCAUAUUUUCUGCUGUAUAUAUAUAUAUAUAUCGUCAACGGGGCAAAACUUUUGCUAACCUCAUUUCCUACUUUCGUACAAUUAUUUUUUUUAAAUAACUAGUUGGUAGGCCUUAACUUUGGGCGGUUGGUGCAUGAAUAUACAUAACAAUGCAAAGUUCCCUCUUAAUUUUUUGUGCUGCCUAUGUUGCUGCAUGCAUAUAAAUAAAUAUAUGUGGCCUUUAUAUUUAUUUUGCUUUUCCAAGUGGUCUUUCUUUCCUUCUCCCUUCCCUCUCUUUUGUGUUUGGUGUAUAUUUGGAGCCAGUUAAUAUGAAGGAAUUGCUGAGUGAAGAUCUGAUUGGUUGCAUAACCAUGGAAGAAUUAGCUAGUGCAAUUAGAACACUAAAUCAAAAUAGUCCUAGGAAGGAGGAGUUGGAAAUCAUGAUGAAUGAAGUGGAUAUGGUUGGCAACGGAACCAUAGAGUUUGGGCAGUUCUUGAAUCUCAUGGCCAGAAAAAUGAAGCAAACUGAAGCAGAAGAGGAAUUGAAGGAAGCUUUCAGACUGUUUGACAAAGAUCAAGAUGGUUACAUAUCACCAACGGAGUUGUUAUCUGUGAUGAGAAAUAUUGGAGUGAAGGUCACAGAAGAAGAGCUGGAGCAGAUGAUUAGAGUGGCUGAUUUGGAUGGUGAUGGUCGAGUUAAUUAUCAAGAGUUCGUCAGGAUGAUGGCUCUCUAAAUCAUUGUAAUAAUACUGUUAGUCGCGCACAUGAUCAAUAUGUAAAAUUUGGGAAGCCAAAUGAGGCUUAAAGGAAAAUAAGUGAAAUAAAAAUUCAUAAAAGUUAUAAUUAGAUGAAAUGAUACAUUUUUGUAAAAUCAUUCAAGUGAUAUAAUCUUAUUUUUUUCAAAUUUCAUUUUGUUUUUUUUUUAUCUUACUUUUCAGUCAAAUUAUAGCUGUUUGUAUAUACAAAUGUUAAUGAUGUUUACAAAUUAGUAAACUUCAUCUAACUCCACUCCACUAUAACAAGAUGAUGUAUUUUUAGUAAACAGUAAAAAUAU